CUUCCGGAACCUGAAGAAUAAACUACCGGUUUAUUUAAAGUAGACCCGCAGUACAGAAAAAAAAGAAAAGAAAGACAUGCUCCACAGAAACUGGCCAUGAUAACGGUGUGACGUGAAUCUGUCCUCUGAAGCGUCCUUGUUUGGCCCAACCUGCUGCCCAAACUUGAUCCCCUGGCACAAAAAUAAACAUGAUGGAGCCACGCAACCCCAGUAUGUCCUCCGUCCCUCAGACAGGCCCAGCGCACACAGACUCCAGCUCGCAGGCUGUAGAGAUGGAUCCAGUCGAGUACACGCUAAGGAAGCGCCUCCCCCGGAAGCUCCCAAAAAGGCGCAAUGACGUCUACGUCAACAUGAAGACUGAUUUCCGGGCUCAGCUGGCACGCUGUCAGAAACUUCUGGAAGGCGGAGGUCACAGAGAGAUCUGUGUGCACGGCUUGGGCCUGGCCAUCAACCGGGCCAUUAAUAUUGCCCUUCAGCUGCAGGCUAGCAGUCAGGGGGCACUGCAGUUGGCAGCCAACACCUCCACGGUGGAGCUUGUGGACGACCUGGAGCCUGAAGAUCCGGAUGAUGCCGGAGAACCCAUGACGCGUACUCGUAACAACUCAGCCAUUCACAUAAAGGUGUUCUACCCUGAUGCUCAGUGACGAAAAAAGGUUUCCUGUGGAUCAGGCUGAGAUUCUCAAUUAGCCCUCAUGUCCUGUUUGUUUCCUCAUUAACCAGUAGACCACUAAACAUUGUGUUUGUGUGUGGAGAUCCGUCGCGACAGACGACUGCAGGAUGGAGCAGACAGUGUGUUUUUCAUUAGUGAGUUCAUGCAUGCUUUGGAGCUACAGCUGUGUGCACUAUAAUUUAUACACAUGUGGUUGUACCAAUUUCUUUAUAUGUAUUUAAUGUUUUUGUGUUCAGCUUUUAAAGCAGAGAAAGCAGCAGAGGAAUCCAAAGUUUGUAUUUCAGGCAGGUGUUGUCCACUAGAUGGCAGUAGUUAGCUACAAAAAACAUGCCAGGAAUUUAUUUAUUUUUUUCUCUGCAGCCCAACUUCUAUGGCUCCAUGUCACAAUAAUGUAUUGUCAGAUUGUUUAGAGCAUAGGUUCAGCUGAGGGUCACUGAGACCUAAAAUCUGUUCGCUUUGGUUUCACGUCACUGAACUGCUGCUGCUUUUUAUUUUGCUCAAAGCUGAUGGUUUAUUUGAAAUCUUUGGCAAAAAUAAAAACUUGUUGUGAUCCGUCUUUAA